AUGCCCCGAGUGCUCAGCUAUACGCCCUCGUGGCUCUCCAGGCCCUCCCCCGGCUUCGACCUCUUCGCGCAAUCGCCAGCUAAGAACAAGACCAAGGCGCGACCCCUCAACGGAAACGGCAGCUCACCGGUGGUCCCUGGGCCCAGACGAACAAUUGCGCGCCGCGGCACGGAGAUCUUUGUGGCAGCGGGGAACGAGAUACGAUGGUCAGACCUGGUAUUGCUUAAAGAGAAGGGAGCUUCGGAUGAAGACCUUAGGCGCUCGCGGUCGAGUCGGAGAAGGGGCAGCGGCAGUGAUGCCUAUGGCAACGAUGCUCGGGACGAUGACUACGCGGAGGCCACGUACAGGGUGCUCAAAGUACCAGUGUACGGACAGAUUACACAGCUCAUCAUAUCUCCUAGGGAUGACUAUAUGGCCAUCGUCACGUCCCACACAGUUCAUGUCGCCGUUCUGCCUGAUUCCUCGCACCUGAGCGCUCUAGACAGCGGUCCGUUGAAGCUCAAAGCUUUCCACCUUGGCCCCACCACCCAUGUAUUGGAGCAAGCUUUGAUCGCGUCGGUGUUGUGGCAUCCGCUCGGCUACCAAGGAAGAUGUCUUGUAACCAUCACGAAAGACGCUGUUGUUCGCCUGUGGGAGAUAAACCGAGAGGACCGGUGGUCGUUUGACAAUCCGGCAUUAGCGAUCGACCUGAAGAAGCUCGCCAAUGCUACAAGCGCCGAAGAGGAUGUCCGAGCAUCAACAUAUGGCGCGGGCAAGGGCUUCUCGCCAGACUCCGUGGAGCUUGAAGUCGCUUCGGCAUGCUUCGGAGGCACCGGGCAGCUUACAACGGAGUACGGCUGGGCCCCGAUGACACUUUGGCUAGCCAUGACGGAAGGCGAUGUCUAUGCGCUGUGUCCGCUGCUCCCCAGCAAGUGGGAGUGGGAAACACAUGCCGAAUUUUCGCCCUACAUGCGCUCACUCUCCCUCGCCAUUGGCGCAAAAUCAGCCAUUGUCUCGAGCGAUGAGAGCGCAUCGGACGCGGAUGAGCAGAUUGCUGAACAGCAGCUUCAAUGGAUAUCUGGCAUACAGGACCAAAACCUGCUUACCACUAAGGGAGAGCUCGGCCAAGACAUUGUGGAGGUCUUUACCCGUCCUUCUAAGCCUGGCGCGGUACCCAAGCUCCAAGGACCAUUCCAGUUCGACCCCGAGACCGAGGACGACUUCGAGAUCUCAGACAUCCGCGUUAUAGGGUUGACGAGUCAAGACACAGAUUACGACCACGAGCAUUGGGAGCCAGGUCUUCCGGGCGCUGUUGUUUGCCUGUUGACCAACGACGGAAAGGUGCAUAUCUGCUUGGAGCUCGAUGGAAUCGAGGGACAGUGGCUACCAACAGGGAGAAAUACCGCCGCUUUUUCGGAGGACGGCCUGCUACACAGCCUGACCAUUCUCGAGACCGUCAUCACGUCAGAGCCCUCAGACGCAGUGCACGCAAGCUUCACCGCCGACGUGCAGUCCCAAGACCUCCUCUUCGUCACCCACUCAAGCGGCGUCCACUCCCUAAGCCUCUCCCCCUGGCUCCCCCGCCUCAAAGAAGAACUUGCCAACCCCUCCGACGAGGGCGCCCUCUUCCGCCUCUCCUCCCUCCUCUCAAGCACCCCAACCCUGAUCGAGCACCCCCUCCGCAUCGCCCCCGAAUACGACACCCCGACCCCCAUCCCCGCCGCCAUCAUCCUCCAAGACUCCGACCUCGGCUACCUCCUCCUAACCACCACCUCCUCCUCCCCCAUCGCCGCGCUCCUCGAACCCCCGCUCUGGACCCUCGACCCCUCAACCCGCCUCCCAGACCACCCCUACGAGCCCGACGCGCCGCGCGACCUGCAGAUCUCGGAGCCGAGAUCCGCGUACCAGCCCGCCGCGAUCUUCUACCGCGACUCCGCGCUCCCGAAGUUCAUCGAGCAGCACGUGCCCGCGCACCGCAGACCAGCGCUGAAAGACGAGGUCAAGCUCAGCCCCGCGACGCUGGAUCUGCUGUCCCAGGCGCAUCGGAUCCUGGCGGCCGAGACGCACGCGCUGGGCCUCGCGGCCGCGGAUCUGUUCCGCAGGUGCGAGAGGCUGGUUAGUGAGUUUGGGGAGCAGAUUGCUAGGGCGGCGGAGGUGGCGGAUAGGAUCGAGAGGGUUACGGGGGAGGAUGAGGAGGAUGAGGGGAGUGGGGAGGAGGAGGAGGGCCGGCCGGUGGGACUGGCGAACGAGAGGAUUGAGGAUAGGAUUGGGCGGGUGAGAAGUAGGCAGGAGGGCUUGGAGGAACGGUUUAAGAGGCUGCGGGGACGGCUGAUGAAGGGCGGCGGGAAGGAGUUGAGUGCUAAGGAGAUGGAUUGGGCGGGUGAGGUUGAGAGUGUGGCGAGGGAGAUCUUGGCGCCUGAGGGUGCAGAGAGCGGUGGUGCGGACGGAGAGCAAGAUGUUGAGGCGGUGUUGCCGUGGCAGAGGGUGGAGGAGGUGAAGAGGCUGGUGAAGGACUUGGUUGCGCAGGCGAAGGAAGCCGCGAACGAGCCUAGUGAUACGACGGCCGCGCCCGCAGUGCGGGUGCCGUCCGACUUCAGGAAGGCGAAGGUGGCCCAGGUCAGAGAGCUGCUGGAUCGGGAGACGGCGCUUGUCGAGGCGGCGACCGAGAAGCUGGACAGGCUGAACAUAGCUAUGUAA